AAUUUUAGAUUAUUAAUCCCAUUGAAGACUCCUGUUACGAUCCCACGCUUUCCCAAGAUUUGGUUUAGUAAUGUUAGGUCGAUGGUCAACAAGUUAGACGAAGUUUCUGCAUCAAUUUCUAUCGAACUGUGUGACGUUGCCGUAAUUACUGAAACAUGGUUAAAUCCACAAAUAACUAACGAGUCUAUACGUAUUCCUGGUUAUGUAUCUUGCCGACGUGAUAGAAUGAAUAACCAGCGCGGUGGUGGUCUUUGUUCCUAUUUUAACUCAAACCUUAAUUUUACCGAAUUAGCUGACUUAGGCGAUCCUGAAAUUGAGAGUCAAUGGUUUUUAAUCAAAAUGGAUCGAUUACCCCGAGGAAUAAACUCCAUUAUCCUGGGAACAGUUUAUCACCCCCCCCAAAGCGAUGACCACGCGCUUCGAACGCAUAUCUUCAAAUGUUUAGAUUCCUCAUUGGCCAACCAUCCUAAUUCCGCUGUCCUGGUUCUCGGAGAUUUUAACCAAUUUAAGCCAGGAAAUCUGUGCAAUUCCUUUAGAUUGAAAACUCUGGUCACCAAGCCUACCAGGGGAAGUAAUAUCCUUGAUCAAGCAUUUUCAACCUUAUCGGCUUACUACGAUGCUACCAUCCUGCCACCUAUUGGCCAAUCUGAUCAUUCUAGCAUAUUACUUCAACCCACUUCACCACAUGCUCCAAGCCUACCCACCACACGACUCCAAAAGCGUGAUUAUCGUGUUUCCAACAAACGAAAUUUGAUAUCUUGCCUGGACUCGGUCAAUUGGACACCGCUCAUGAGGCGAAAUUCAUGUGACGAUCAACUGGAUUUGUUCCAGUCUGUGGUUCAUGGUGCUUUGAAUUCAUGUAUUCCCAUGCGUACUGUUAAACUCCAUCCCAACGAUAAACCAUGGAUUACUCCCGCUAUUAAAGAAUCCAUUAAGAAACGUCAACAAGCUUGGUUGAAUAAUGACCUUCCCAAAUUUAAUGUUUAUCGCAAUAAAGUGAUAAAACUCUGUAAAAGUGCACGUCGAAGAUUCUAUAACGACAAAAUCAAUCACAUGAACCAGAGCAAUCCUAAAAAGUGGUGGGACGGUAUCAAGCAGUUGUCAGGAAUGUCCAACCCCCCUCCGUUUAAUAGUCUAGCCAUAAACGGCACCGUCUUGAGAGACUUUGAACUUGCCAGCGUCAUUAAUGAAUCCUUCUGCAGUACUGCUGCUGAUAUACCGCAUUUAAAUUUCACUCCAGUACCCGUUUCCAAUGUUCCUGAUAGAUACGUCAUUACGCGUGAUGCUGUUGAACUUGCAUUGGCAGGUGUUAACGAUCGUAAGUCUGUAGGACCUGAUGAGAUCCCCAAUUGGAUCCUGAAAACAUGUGCCGCAAAUAUUAGCUACCCCGUAUGCUCCAUGUUUAACUCUUCCAUUAGAGAGAGGUCGUGUACCUGA